AUGAAGACGACGCACAAUAGAGUAAACUUAAGCACAUUGCAAAAUUUUAAUACAUUCGAGCUGUUACUUGCUGAGAUGAAGAACGAAAGUGAGAAAGAGCAUUAUGAGCAUCAAAGUGCUGAGAGUAAGUUUGUAAUUAUUGGUGUAUCUUCAUUCACUCGAAAUAUCGAAAUCGAAAACAGAAUCAGCAUCUUGCCAUUUACUGAUCUUAAUUCCCGCAGCAAGCAAAACCGAAAUCGAACCGUGAUCGUUGUUUUUCCCUCGAGUUCUUCCCGCACGAGACAUUCUGAUAACUCAUGCUUCCAGUUGAAUACAAUGCUCUUAGUUCUUACCGAUCAUGCUCUUACUUUUGUCCUCAAUCAUAUGAAUUUAUUUGAUACUGCAGCUACUAUGUUCUUUGUUCGACUCGUGUUUUACGUCUGAUCUUUGCCUAUUAAUUGUCAUGUGGUCAAAGAAAAUGCUGGAUGUGAGUGCGAAUGUAAGUGGUUCUCUAUGCGGUUUCUUUUUCGUCGCAUCUCUCUUUCUCUUCAUGAUCUCAAUCUCGACGAUGAUGCAGCCGAAUAAUGAAAAUGAUAGGUGUGACCUUUAUUUCGAGACUCCGUCCGACCUCUCGCAUGAUACUGCUCCUAAGACGUCUCAUUUUUAUAGUUUACCAACUCGAAUGAGAUCAUGGCUCAUUCUUGACCGAAGUCUGUCCUUCAACUUUCUUGGACGGACGCAGCAAGUGCUUGUUUUUUUUCGUCGCAGUCACUCAGAUCUAUCAUCUCGCGACCCCCUCGUGCUCCGAAGCGGCAUCGGUUUGGCACUCAAGACCCACACGCAAGAUCAGUAUCUUUUUAGCACUCGAGAUCCAUGUCCAACAACGCGAGCGUAGUCCGGGCCAAUAAAGGUCUUCGACUCUAUUCCGAUGUUGCCGCUUCAAUUGUUGCCAAUCUUCUGGAUGAUCUUUCCAUAUUCGCUAGCAAAAAACUACUAGCUUAAGGGCUCGCUGAGCACUACGACAUAGAAGACCCGUCCGUGCUCGUCGGACGAGAAUUUCCUGAUGUGUGUUCUUUCAUGAUGUAGGAGGCACACCGGUAGCGCCCUGAUGCAGAUUCUCAAGCAUCUGGCGUCUUAUCGAGUAGGAAAAAUGGUAGCUCUCUGAAAAAGUCGGACUUUGUCACUGGCAAAUUCCUAUUUUUCAGUAUCAAGGAUUAUGGUCUAAUAAAAUAGUUUUUGGACCCUUUCAAUUUAUACUUUAUAAAUCUCAUAUAGAGUCUGACUUUUUUUUACUUUUCGAGAAUAAAGUAAGCCAGAUUCUACCAGAUUCUAGUAUAGGCGUGGAUUCGUUCCGGAAUUUCCUAAUUGCAAUUUUCAUGCGGAUUGCGUUCAUCUUGACAUCAAAUAUCAACUGACACCGGUCGAAAAUCUUAAGUUUACCAGAGUGACUGAAAAUUUAAGCUGAAUCCGAGAGAACAAAGACACAAAAAAGACCAUUUUAAAAGUUACGUGCUGUCAGUGGUCAUAAUUGGACGAGGCGCAUCAUCUAAUUUCCG